AUCACUUUACCAGAGGAGCUGGGCGCUCCCGAGGGACACCAGUGCAAGCUUUGUGCUGCACAGCUUCCCCUCUCCCCACCCCCAGACGGCCAAGCACGGCGGACGAGGCUUUCCCAGCCCCGCACGGACCGCGGUGCGCGCAGCCCCGGCCCCGUCGCACCGCACGCACGGCGCCGGGCGGUGGGAGAGCGGCUGCCGGCCCGAAAAGGACCGAGCGUGUUUGUACACAAAGCUGCACACAGCUCUAGUUCAGCCGGCGCGAACGCCGUACAUCAAAUGGGGGGAAGGGGGGGGUGAGCUGCAGCCCAGUGACGGGUUCACGUUACCGCGGAGCUGAGCCCUCCCGGCCGGCGGCUUAGGGCACGGCCGCGCUGCCCGUGGCCCGACACAAGCUCGACGUGCCCGGCCUUGCCUCUCUGUAACUUCAGUCCUUAGAGCAACUUUCUGCUUUUCCUGCAGUAUUCCUUUCAGAGGGGGCUCACCCCACUUAUGGCCCCAAAUAAACCACUGCAGUGCAGAUACAGCCUUCCCAAGCCCCUAGAUCUUUCUUUUAUAGAAGGGUGCAUACAUGCUUGCAGUUUCCUUUAGGAGAAGUUCCAUCCUAAGUAUGGAAAUCUGUCUUUUUUUUUUUUUUUUUACCCUGGCAGGAGAGGGAUGAGAGUGCAGGGCAGGGGUCCUGCAAGGGUCAGGGGGAGAUCCUAACCCAAGACCCUGCUUACUGCUCAGGCAGGUGCAGAAGCUUUGGGUGGGCGCUGUGUCUGAGACUGUCCCUCUGAAAGCUCCUGAAGAUAGAGGGGUGGGAAUGCCCCUUUCUUCCCCUUCCCACAGCCCUUGCUGCAGCCCUGUGGCUCUCUACCCGGCACCACAACACUCCAUCCGAAUCACUGCAGGCUACUUUCCCUCUGUCUGCGGUAGCCUAAUGACAUAAUUUUAUUCCCAGGUAGGGAAAGUUUCCUUUGCACUCUCCUAAUAUUUUCCCCAACUGCAAAAGCCACCUGGCUGAAACCAAAGGGUUCCCGCACAUUAGCAGCUGCCUGUUAAAUGGCUUCAUUACCGCUCUAAUGACCCCUGCGCAGCUCUGCCCGCUACUGCUGCGGCUGGGCCUCCGCGGGGCUUUGUCCCUGCCCUGUGUAAAGUUACCGAGAGGUUUGGGGUUAGAAAUUUUACACUUCCAGGAGGGGUUUGUUAUGCCGGCAGCUGGGACGCAUCUGUAACGGUGCAAGUUGGCCUGAAAGCAGAAAAUCAGCGGGCCCAGGGCACUGCGCGGCUGUUGUGUCUCUGGCAGCAUCAGGUCGCACACGGAGGAUAAGCAAUGGGAAGGAGUUUGUCUGGCAGCAAACACGCUUUGUGAGCGCUUCUACGUGUGACCCAACCCAAGAGCACAAACAUCUGUUUGCCUGCUCCUUGCUACACGUAGCUGUCCUUGUUGUCCCCUCUUGUGGGAACACAGCUUUAAUUACAGGACAAAGUGCCUUCUGAGAUCAACGGGUGAAUGCAAGUGCUGAAAGAGGAGUAAAUCAUGUCAGGUUGGAUCUGGAGUGUGGGAAUAAGGAUAGGAGAGCAGGCACUGCGGGUGCGGUGGGAUUCAUUCCCCUUGGUGAUGGCAAGGUGAUGGGGGGGAUGAUAUGGGGAAUGUCCAUGGACCAUGCACUCACUACCCAUCUUUUUCUUUCCUUCCCCAAGCUCCCCAGUUUGGUGUAGGCUUUAGAGACUGUUCGCCAGCUUGUCUGCUGCCCGAAGGCGGGUGAAGAGCAAAUCAGCCCCUUGGGGGCCAGAGGGGGCCUGCCCAGCCAGGCAGGGGCUGCGGGGGAUAUGCUAAUGGAGCCGGGCCGCUGCGGGCCAACCUCCCACAAUGCGCGUAUAUAGGGCCCCGCAUCAGCCGGCGGCCACUUUGUCUCGGGUCGCUAAUUGCAGAGGGAAUCACUGCACUGCGCUGCGAGCUGCCAGCCCACGCUGCUGCCUCGGACGAAGAGAUGGAGGUGAUGGACAGCUGCCAGUUUUCCCCAUCCGAGCUCUUCUAUGACAGCUCCUGCCUGUCAUCUCCUGAGGGUGAGUUCCCCGAGGAUUUCGAGCCAAGGGAGCUGCCUCCUUUUGGAGCCCCUGCGCCCACUGAGCCUGCUUGCCCUGAGGAAGAGGAGCACGUCCGGGCCCCCAGUGGGCACCACCAGGCCGGCCACUGCCUCAUGUGGGCUUGCAAAGCCUGCAAGAGGAAAUCCACCACCAUGGACCGGCGGAAGGCAGCCACUAUGAGGGAGAGGAGGAGGCUGAAGAAAGUGAACCAAGCAUUCGAGACCUUGAAGAGGUGCACCACAGCCAACCCCAACCAGAGACUCCCCAAAGUGGAGAUCCUGAGGAACGCCAUCAGGUACAUUGAGAGCCUCCAGGAGCUCUUGAGGGAACAGGUGGAGAACUACUAUCACCUGCCGGGACAGAGCUGCUCCGAGCCCACCAGCCCCAGCUCCAGCUGCUCCGACGGGAUGGCGGACUGCGGCAGCCCGGUCUGGUCGGCGAGAGGCAGCAGCUUCGAGGCGGGCUACUGCCCCGAGAUGCCCCACGGCUACGCGGCGGAGCAGAGCGGCGCGCUGUCCAGCCUGGACUGCCUCUCCAGCAUCGUGGACCGCCUGUCUCCGGCGGAGGAGCCGGGGCUGCCCCUCCGCCACGCCGGCUCCCUCUCGCCAGGCGCCAGCAUCGAUUCGGGGCCCGGGACGCCCGGUUCGCCGCCUCCCCGACGGACCUACCAGGCGCUAUGAAGGGCCGGGGCCACCGCCCGUUCCGGGGCUGACCCCGGCUGCCUCUCGUCCGGUCGCCCCGCAAAAGCUCUCGGGCGGGGGGAGCGGCCCCGGCUCGGCAUCGUCGGGGCUGGGGGCGAUGCCGCCGCUCGGAGCAGCCCCCGGGGCUCGGGACGCGUGUGCUGCCCUGGAAACCCUGCUGCAAAUAAAGUGUG